CAGACAAUAAAACCAAACCCGAAACAAUUGAAAUAUUUUCUGUGAAAAUACGUGAAAAUGGUACCUUUAAAAUGUUAAAAAUGUCCCUGGAGGAUGUAUGGAAUAAUGGCUGGGAAUUGCGUAUUAAUAAUUUUGCCGAUAAGGAAAAGCCCCCACACAAUGAAAAGGAUAUAAGAAACCAGGUAUCCUUUGCACGCAAAGCCAAACAAAGUCUCUGGAAUAAUAAUCAGCAUUUUGUCUAUUGGUGCCGCUAUGGCAGUCGCCAGCAGGAUGUUCGAAAACGUCAAAUGUCGGAAUGUGUUAAAUGGGGCAGUGUGGGCAUGAAUGCGGGUAUGCUGCUGCUGAUGAACAAAAAAUCAUAUUCCACCUCAAAGUAA